GCGCAUGCUCCUUUGGCGCCCUCUCAUUGGUGCUCCCUUUGCUAGCGACGAGGCGAAUUCCACUCGACUUUCUCAUAAAGCAGCUAGCCUCGGCUGCAGCUUGUAUUAGCAGUCGCUGUUGCGCGCUUCGUUGAACCGACUGCAUGCGCACAGUCAAUUGCCAUCACGCUGCGGCGAGCGUUUAGUUCGCUACUCGUUUAGCACAAAUAGCGUCUUUCCAGACACAAGCCGAGAUGGAAACCCAUGGUGCACGGUUCGCGGUGUCCAGCAGCUGCGACCGAGCUGACCUCGAUGGUGCUGGCAAAGAUGAAGACAUCUUCAAAGGCGACAUUAGGCAACCGCAGAUUAUCCGUGAAGAAACGAACGGCGGCGCAUCUGCUCCAUCAAGCAUCGAGGCAACCAGUACAAGCGACUCGGGCUUUGCCAGUGGAUCUGUCGCCGCGGAAAACAACGUGAGCAGCUGUGCCAGCGCCAGCAGGGAGGACAACGGAUCAAAGCGCAGGACAAGUAAGGUGGCCACACAGGAAACGUCGCCCGUUUCGGAAGGCGACGCGGGCUUUCGCAGAAGUAAACGCAACCAGUGCAGAAAUAACCGCACCAGCGGCACCGAUGAGUCAAAGUCCAGGAGGAGGAUGGCUGCCAAGCAGAAAGCGCCAGCCAUUUUGGAAGACGAUGCGAGGUCUCGGACGUCACCGUCGUGGCCACACCGAGGGAGUGCCGGGUCAGUGCGAUUACUGCGAAGCCUUUUUCGCAGACAAGUCAGCUUUCGACAGACACAUGUGCAAGAAAUUUACGUGCGUUUUGUGUGGAGCGUAUUUCCCGGAUACGGACCAACUGGUCGCUCACCUCAAAGCGCACUAAUGUGCGCUAGUAGCGUCACUGGUGCACGGAUGAACCAACUCACUCGCGGUUUCUGCACGGGAACGGGAGAGUGAAGCUGUGCAUUAAAAAAAAAAAAAAAAGAAGGCCGAUAUUCGUCCGCAAAUCCGAGAAACCGACCGAAAGCAACGCGUGCGAAGAAAAAGCCUCUUUUGACGUGAAAAGCGGCUGAGAGAAAUGAAUUUUAGGAGAAUGCUAUAGCUGGCUCUUCUACAUCACUGGACUCGACUGUCGCCUGAAGAGUCUGGACAUCUCCAAUGCCAGAGAAUUUUAAAGACCUUUCUCACUGCCCGCGGUUCGCAUAACUGUGUUGUCCUAGAACUUGGCUUUUGCGAACUCACUUCAAGGCAAACUGUAAUGGGCUGCAAGUUUGUGGUUUGCAUAAUUAGCACGUUUAAAUGUACGCAUAAGCUCCUUGGUUCCUCGUUCACAUAUAGAAGUUUCCCCUGCAUGCGUUUUGAGUGUUCUAGUAAGAAACGUUCAUUCAAUUUUUUUUUAUGGAUCUUGCAGUGGGAAUAAAAAAAAUUUGUAGUUUUGCAGAAUCUUGAAAGCAAAAAAAAAAAAUUGCCUUGGUGUUCACAGUGCAGUUUUCUGAAAAUUUGAUUGAUUCAGUGAUUUAUUUCGUGAUUGCCAAGAUAAGCGCGAGGCAUGCUGCAGUCUUUGUGUAUCUCACUGAUUCCGAAGGACUUUGUGCUGUACCUGAAACUGAGCCGAUGACAUUGUAUAAUGAGACCAUAAGUCAGAUUCAAAUUGCUUGGAGUUUCACUGCAUGAUGUGUUCUCUACAAAUUUUUUACCUAUCGUUGUUUUAUCUUGAUCGAACCUUUGUGACUUUCAAAGGGCAGUUUCUUAUCCACAUGGAAGAGAUCUGUGUCGACUUGCUCUGCUUCAUGGUUACAGCUGCGGAAUCAUUUUAGCCUGUGACAGGUACGGAUUCAAUAAGUGAUAGACGCAUUUGUGCUAGCAAUGACUAGACAAGUACGCUAGAGUUUUUAGGCAUGUGAACGAUUAGCACUUAUCCUGACGGGACUUUGUUCGAUAAUAAAUCGUCUCUUACCCAGGUGGA